AUGGCAACUGAAAGACUGGCAGAACCGGAUGUCAGACGAACUUACAUGAAUUGUCUUCUAGAGUCUCUUUCAAGUGAUCCAACAUCAGAUGUGAACUCAUACUGGGACGAGAUUACCACUUCUUCGCGUAGUGCUGAGAAUUUUGCCUGUGGCACGGUCCAUCCAGGCUCACUCAAGCAUUGGAUAUCAGACCGAACGGUGGCACUACUUAAAUCUCGAAGAAAUAUCCCAGUCGGUCCCGAACAUAGCUCCAUGCGAGGAGCCAUCAGACGUCAAGGGAAAAAAACUAAAGAAAUGGAAGAGGCCCAGAAAGCCGGUAAUGCCCGGAGAUUAUUUCAGUUGAUCCGUGUGACCGGUCCCCGGAAACCACCUCACGUGGAGCCUGACGACGUCAUAGACAUUGAUGUCAGUUUCAAAUUAUCCAAAAGACUCCGCCGACAGCGCAGGAAGAUUCAAAAGAAACGUGAACGUCUGCAAUUUGCUGCUGCUUGCGAGGAUGCUUUGGUGUGCAGAGAGCAGCCGACACUGGUGGACUUACCUGCGACAAUUCACAAUGUUCAAUUAGAUGCGAACCUCCUCACCAGUCUAAGUGUGCUGGUUACCGGCUAUUUGGACGCAUUCGAAGCCGGUGAUCUUCGCAAGCGCCUGAUUGACUUUUAUGUUCCAGACGCUUAUCUAACAUUGCAGAUCACUCCCUAUCUUGGUAUACACGAUGAUAUGCAAAAUGUACCUACAAAACGUGAGAAGCUGAAGGCUCAGCCUAGUUGGGCUGAAUAUGAGCGAUUUGCUGUCAACCUUAUCCCAGGGGCUGUCCCGCUCCCUGCCUGGGCUUGGGCCAGCCUGUGCACGGCUGUUGCAACUGGUCCAAAAUCUGAACAAGGCAGACUAAAACUUGGGAAACAUGAUCGGCAACGGCUCAAAGUCCUGCGUGCCUUUCAAGCGGCUCAUUCGCAACGUCUCAAGAACGUUUCCAGAUCGGCAUCCUCAGCUUCUGAUAGGUGGCUAGAAAGUGUCCCACUGCCGCCACUAGCACGUCGCGAGGCUUCGGGUCACGCGGAUAUCCAAGGGUUGCUUUCCCGUCUUCCAGACCUUAUCCACGUGAAGGCCGAUGAGUGCUGCUGUUUGGACGUAAUAUCUGCUGAGGUUUGUUCCUUUCAUUGUGUAUCAAGUUACCAGAUAGACCACAGCCAUCUGCUUUCGAUAUUAUUGCCUAGCAGCUGAGAUCAUCCCGUCAAUGGCCACCACAGAUGUAGACCUGCCCGGCUGCCGCGACCAGAUCCUUGAAGUGCUUCCCUAUGGAAGGGUUUUUGUCCGCGGCGUGCAUCGAUGCUUGCUUGUUCUUCCUCAGUCGGAGGGCAAAAUUAUUCAAGAGGAUUGCUGCAUCACUCCGGCAUCUGCGUCUUUAGUUCAGCAACACGCAGCGGCCAUUAGGCUUGCGGUUACUCAACGCUUAAACCAGAGACUUUCCAACAGUCCUGCUCCUAAAUCUACUGAUCCCGCAGUUCAAGCUGCGUUACAAGAAUUUUCUGUGACAACGGGCAUGAACGAGACUUACGCCUGGCAGUGUCUGUCCGAAUGUGGGUUCAACCUUCACGCUGCACUGGAAGCCUUCCUUAAUGUGAUGGAAGCAAAUCUGCUACCUCCGGAGGCAUUCGCAAAAUGAACAGUGACGCGAGAACAAUGUGUACACUUGUAUAUUAUCUUUGUCUGAUCACUUGUUGCUUGUUGAGUACUGUGAACCAUCGUUUUUACUUUCUCGCUGAGCAUGUUGGAUUCAAUAGUCACUGGUGUCGCGUACUGAGUUUCGCCAUCGUUACCCAAGUAGGGAGAGAUUCGAUAACAUUUGGUCAUAUUUUGACUCCAUCUGGCUAACCAGACGCAAGAAGAACUUGUCUUAACAAUGGCUGACUUGAAGCAGUAGUGAAUACCACCUGGUAAAACCUUAAUUUCGAUUGGUUUCCAGAACUUACCGUUUUUUCAUUACCCAAGCCAGAGUGAGUUACUUAGCGUUCCAUACAAGC